AGUGGCGCGAUCAUUCACAUUACGUGGCUGGCGACCGCGCACACUCACCAUCAAGCUCUCACACCCUGGUUGGGCGGCCCCAGACGGACACACCGAAACCUAACCAUGGCCCCUGGACAAAUGGUUUUAGACUCGUAGAGUAAUAGGCUAUGGCAUUAUGCAUAACUCUCCAAUUUGUCCUCUGAAAGCCUUCGGUUGACUGGCGCGCCAGCCGCCGUUGCUGAGAUAUCACGUGGAAAUAUCAUACUGGUGAGAACCCACCCAUUUUAUCUAAACCACAGAUUCCCGAGCUCCUACUCCAAAUUUCUAUAUAAUGAAGUCUCCCAACGGAUAAUCUCCUUCAUUGCUUCCUCUGCAACUUCCCAUAGUCUCUAUUUCUUCUUCUUCUACUUCUUCUUCUUCUUCUUCUUCUUCUUCAUCGAUCGUCUGUUGGAUUUAUUGGGUGAGGAGAGAGCGUGCGCCUGUAAGAUUUCUAGGCAGGUGGGUCUGCGUUCUAUUGUUCUUAGUGUUUCUCUAAUUCAGCCAGCACAGAGCGGCGAAGCAGACCAGAGCAGAGCGUGAUGCCUGGCGGAGGAUUCUCGGCCCCCUCGGGGGGAUCCACCGAGUUCGAAGCGAAGAUCACUCCAAUCGUCAUCAUCUCCUGCAUAAUGGCCGCCACCGGAGGCCUCAUGUUCGGCUACGACGUCGGCGUUUCAGGGGGAGUGACUUCCAUGGACCCCUUCUUAAAGAAAUUUUUCCCGGUGGUUUACCGGAAAACCCAAGACAAGACUAUAAACAGCAACUACUGCAAGUACGACAAUCAAGGCCUGCAAAUGUUCACGUCGUCGCUCUACCUCGCCGGCUUAAUAGCGACGUUUUUCGCGUCGUACACGACGAGAAGGUUGGGGCGGAGGCUAACCAUGCUGAUGGCCGGCGUUUUCUUCAUAUUUGGGGUGGUGUUCAACGCAGCCGCCCAGGAUCUCGCCAUGCUCAUCGUUGGGAGGAUCCUGCUUGGUUGUGGAGUCGGUUUUGCUAAUCAGGCGGUUCCCCUAUUUCUGUCAGAGAUUGCACCCACAAGAAUCCGUGGAGGACUGAAUAUCCUCUUCCAGCUCAACGUCACCAUAGGCAUUCUCUUUGCCAACCUUAUCAAUUAUGGCACCGCAAAAAUCAAAGGCGGAUGGGGUUGGAGGCUGUCACUGGGGUUGGCUGGAAUUCCUGCAUUCCUCUUAACCCUGGGGGCCCUUUUGGUCGUAGACACCCCCAACAGCCUCAUCGAGCGCGGUCGUUUGGAAGAAGGAAAAAGAGUGCUUAGAAAGAUAAGGGGCACCGACAAUAUUGAACCUGAGUUCCUUGAGCUUGUGGAGGCAAGCCGAAUUGCUAAAGAAGUCAAGCACCCUUUCAGAAAUCUCCUUAAGCGGCGGAACCGGCCCCAACUCGUCAUAGCAGUAGCCUUGCAGAUCUUCCAACAAUUCACAGGCAUCAAUGCCAUCAUGUUCUACGCGCCAGUCCUGUUCAACACACUAGGAUUCCACGACGAUGCCUCUCUGUAUUCCGCCGUUAUAACAGGGGCCGUAAACGUUGUUUCCACCAUCGUCUCCAUCUACUCCGUCGACAAGGUGGGUCGCCGACUGCUCCUGCUGGAAGCCGGCGUCCAAAUGUUCUUCUCUCAAGUGAUAAUCGCCAUUCUACUGGGAAUCAAAGUUAAAGACCAUUCCGAAGACCUCGCCAAAGGCUACGCCGUGCUGGUUGUCAUCAUGGUGUGCACUUUCGUGUCCGCCUUCGCCUGGUCUUGGGGACCCCUCGGGUGGCUCAUCCCCAGCGAGACCUUCCCUUUGGAGACGCGCUCCGCGGGGCAGAGCAUCACCGUCUGUAUCAACUUGCUCUUCACCUUCGUGAUUGCGCAGGCUUUCCUUUCUAUGCUCUGUCAUUUCAAGUACGGGAUAUUCUUGUUCUUCUCCGGUUGGGUUCUGAUCAUGUCGUUCUUCGUUUUGUUCUUGCUGCCGGAGACGAAGAAUGUUCCGAUUGAGGAGAUGACGGAGAGAGUUUGGAAGCAGCACUGGUUCUGGAAGAGAUUUAUGGAUGACAGUGCGGAUGAAAGGGCUGAAAUUUCGAAGCAGCACUGGUUCUGGAAGAAAUUUAUGGGUGACAGUACAAAUAAAAGGGCUGAAAUUUGGAAGCAGCACUGGUUCUGGAAGAGAUUUAUGGGUGACCGUGCGAAUAAAAGGGCUGAAAUUGAUGGGUUUGAUGCAAAGAAAAAUGCGCAUGCCAAUGGGUUCGAUCCUUCUUCCAAUGGGUUCGAUCCUUCUUCCCAGUUGUGAAGUUGGGAAAUUUUUUGUUGUUUUCGAAAUAUAUACAUUACAAGGGUAGAUUUCAUUGGUUAGGGCACGAGACCUUGACAUCCCUUUUCAAGGUCUAGCGUUCUAACUUCAAAAGGAAGCGUGGGAUGGAAGAUAAGUAUCCAUUCUCCCAUAAUCCCUAUCUUAGGUUGAAUAGGCUUUGAAUAUCUAAAGGUAGAGGGGGGACGGGGGCGGGGGAGGACAAAUUCAUACGUAAAAAAAAAAAAUUAUGAAAAAAAUUUAUGUAGACCUUUUGUUUUUUUAAAUAUAGGCUUGAGUUUGCAAGGCUCCCUUAUGUGAUUUCUCCAAACAUGUAAAGGAUUAUCAAAUUAGUGGAGUUCUUGAGUAUGUAGGUUGAAAUACAUUUUGAUUGUUAAAUUUGAGAUGUAUUUCUUUUGAAAGUUAAAACAUCCUAGAUGUGUUUCAUUUGAAAGUUAAAAAAAUUUCAAUGAGAUUAUUGUUGAUGUGUAUAAAAAAUAGUACAAUGAAGAGUGUUAUUGUGUGUAACUAGUUUCAUAGCAUAUUUUAAUCAAAUAUCUACUUGAUUUUAGUCAUAUACCCUUCCUGUAGUAAAAAAAAAAAAAAAAAAAAAAAAA